UAAUAUCAACCUAAAUAGCAAUCUUCUGGAAUCUCCUACCUGAUCGACUCUUGAUGAUUUCUCCAAAUUCAUCCUCAAAACCUUCCUCCAUUUGGUCCUGAAGGGUUACUGCUUCAGCCAUGACAUCAGAUCAAUACGGGCGAAAGCUGCACAAUCAGACAUGAACAGAGUUCACGUGAAAGACACUGUGAUCCCCGCACAUCCCAGUGCGACAUCCAGAGUGGCACAAGUCAAAAACGACAUGGACAAUAAGAAGAACCAGCACAGAUCUCUUAAAGCGCCAACCACGAGAUAUGGGCAGCAAAAUGAUUUAAGAGAACAGAAUCGAGUCUUGACUGCAACAAAUGAAUCCCUGCAGAAACAGCUUGAAGAAAUGAAGGAAACAGUAACUGAACUGGAGCAGCGAUGCAGAGACAUCCAGGGGGAAAACAGAGAGAUUCAAAAACAGCUGCGAUAUUGCCACGUCCUUCUUGUUGCCGAACACCUAGACCCAGUUUCAGGGGAAAAGUUGGGUCAAACCGCACAAGAAAAGGAUGAACAAAGAAAAGAAGUUAUGACUGUUUGUCAAAAUCUCUUGACUGAGCUGAAACCGUUUGGGGAGAUGGCACAAGAGCAGGCAGCAAAUUUAAUGGAAGUGCAGAGCACUAUGAGGCACCUGACAGAAGCGCAUGAAAAGCUCCAGCAGGAGAAGGCAUUGUUCAGUUUGGAUGUGGAGGAAAUGGAGAGAGCUUUAAAGGAGGCAGAGAGACUCUUGAUGGAGUGAAUCAAAUAAACUCAUUUCAUUGGCCAAACAUUCUGCUAUAGCAUAUGAUACUUAGAAAUCUGUAAGUUUGACAACUGAAAAACCAUUUGGACCGGUGUAACACUGUCUUGCAGUUAUGGGACACACCAAUUUCAAAAACCCAAUUUUUUUUUUAAAUAGUACUAACAUAUAAAAUGCUUUAUGAUGACUUUCUGAACUCUCUUUGUAGUCAAUAGUUUGUGUUGUCUGUUUAGGAGUAGAGAUUUUUAUAAGCACCAAUUUACAUGUACAUGUAAAGUAAAAAUAAGCACUUCUUUAAAAAUGCAAAGUAUGUUUUCCAUUUAAAUGUUUUUUUUUUUACACAUUGUAAAAAGUGAUUUAAAAGGCUUGAAAACCAAGACUUAACUCCUUUUUUAAUGCUGAGGGUUUGCAGCACAUACCAUCCAUCGCUCGUGCUCUGUCCAUGUGAUCAACACUGUGUCUAGGCAUGGUGAGGUUUAAAAGCGGAAAACAGAUUUGCAGCUUUCUGACAGCUAUCCUAAUACUGCCAGCUUGCAUCCAGUUGUUGUAGAAUAAAGUGAACUGUGAUUAUGCCUGAAACCAUUGCAGACAUGCCAAAAAUUGACACCACUAUCUGAACAUACCCAUUUGAUUUUACUUGCAAAAAAAUAAAUAAAAGUCUGUCGAAAAGAUCAGAUCUGAAAAACAAAUCGAAAUUGUGUGAACAGCAUGACGUUUUUUUAAUGGGUAGUGUGGUCAAGCCAAAAU